AUAAAGGAAAGGUUGUCAUGGCUGCACCUUCUUCAAUUCAAGAUGGAGGAUUCAGAGACAUUCUGAAAUGUGCAGUUUGCAAAGAUCGUUUUGAUAACCCUAGACUUCUGCCAUGUAAUCAUUUAUUCUGUCUGGGGUGUAUUGAUCGCUUGGUUGGAAAAAGUGAGCCAAGUGAGCCGCUACAUUGCCCUGUGUGCGGGAGAACAUGGCAUGUACCACACGGGGGAACUACUGCUCUUAAAGCCAACUCAUUGUUGGAGAUAGCUCAGUCUGCCAUUCCAAAUAGUCCCGCCACUUCUACAGAUAGUCCAAUUGCUCAAACAUGUCAAGAACAUCCUUGUGAGACAUUAGUACUAUUCUGUACAGAUGACAACAGUCUUGUGUGCCUAAGUUGCCUCCCCCUUUUUCACAAUGGACAUAACUUCCUGGAAAUCAACCAAGCCGCCGACGGUUUAAAGCAGGAAGUUGAAAUCGUUAUUGAUGAAUAUUUAUCAUCACUUCCAGAAGAUGAUCCAAACAGAAUUAAGGAGGAAAUUAAUUCUUUGGAGCAUGAAAAUCAGACCCUAGUUCAACAAUUAAAUGAAAACAGAAGCCAUAUAAAAGAAGCAAAACUACUAACCCCAGAUGUUAACCAUGCUUUCCACACUUGGAAGAAUAAAAUCGAUGAGUAUCACCAUAAUGAAGUCAAGUCCAAAUUAAGCCAGAUAGAUGACAUUCAGAUAUCUAGAGCACUUGUAGAGAGUUUUGUGACACAUAUAAGAACACUUGAAGACGACAUUGAAAUAACCAGACAACUGUUAGCUGUGAAAGAGCAAGGACUGCCCAUACCAGUAUACUUACCAUCCACCCAUAUUGUUCCUCUAACCUUCCAGCCAUGUGUAAUUUCUGGAAACAGUGUACGUUUGGGAAGUAUCUCUCGUCGAGAGGCACCUUCAAUUGUACUUUCUUUUGAAAAUGACCAAGACGAUAUCAAUGAAUCGAUGAGUAUGUCUUCAAAUGUUGAACGGAUGAGCGUUUCUUCUAUACACGAGCCAAUGAUGAGUGUUGGGAGUCCAUACAGCAAUCCUGUGAGCUCCCCUGGAGUUUGUGACAUGCCUACAACUCCAGGACCCAUUACACAGCCUUCUAGAUACCUCCCAAGGCCACAGCUGAAGAGGACAAUUAAGCUGACUGAUGAAAGUAGUGUUCUAGAAUGGAUAAAUGAUCUUGCAGUAGUGGGAACAUCUAGUCUUGCUGCUGUGAGAUGUGAUGCAAUCCAGUUCUUCAAUAACUCAUGGCUUAUCAAGACAGUACAUAUAAAGAUGUACUGUGUUGCCUCUACACCAGACAAUUGUUAUGCAUUCACCAAUGGCACUGGUACGAUAAGUAUCUACACACAGGGAGGGGAGCAUAGGCGUGAUAUCAAUACAUCAUUCACAAGGCUAUAUGGCAUUGAAUUUAGUGGUGGAGAGUUAGUGGUGGCGGACGGGAGGGCUAAGUCUGUCUCCUUCAUUGAUUACCAAACAGGUGAAGUGGUGAAGACAACACCUGGUGAAUUAUUUCAAGAUUCUUCCCCAUGCGUUGCAGUGAGAGAAAACAACAAUGUGGUGAUCUCUGACUUGGACAAUAACUGUGUCACAGUGAUAGACAGAGAUGGGAGGAAGCUUAUGCAGUAUGGCUCAUUUAGCUCAGAUGGUGGUCCGCCGUCCUGGCCACGUGGUAUUUGCACUGAUGGUGAUCACACCAUUGUAGCUGAUAACGUGAACCACAGAGUGAGUCUAGUGAGUCCUAGUGGUGUGUUCCUCAGACACCUCAUUUCCAUGGCAGAUGGUAUGUUCUUGCCAUACGCAGUAGUUAUAGACCACAAAGGACAUCUCCUUGUUGGAUGUGAUAAAGGGAAUCUGUUUGAAGUGAAGUUCAAAGAGUAAACGGUGAACCAGAAAACAGCAGGUAACAGCAAUAAAGUGGUAUUUGUCGCCAACCCGAACAAAUCACAGCCG